ACUUUAGACUGGACCAGUAAAUCGGCAACUUCUUCAGUGAUGACCAGCACAUUUAUGUCAUCAGUAAAUAAACAUGAUGAUCUUGAUUCUAUCACAAAGGAUGCACCUUCUUCUAACCCUAACCAUAUUGACGACACUUGUCGAGUGGAGGAAACCAAGGAGCAUGUGGACUCUCCGCUUUCGCAGACCAUGCGCGACGCGAUUGUCAGUCUCUUCUUUCUUGCAGUCUUCAUGUUGAUUAUAUACGUAGUAUUAGUUCGUUACAAAACAAAGUACACAAUUAGUUGUCCUUUAUCAACAAAUAACACUUACUGUAUUACAGUUUGAUUGUAGUCAUUCUAAAGUUUUUUUUUUCAAUUUGACACUGUUUAUGAUAAUUAAUUAUAUAAAAUAUAUAUAUAUGAUUAUGACUGUUAUUUUUGUGUAAUGUGAAGGUUUAUAGCACAAAUUUGUCUUAAGGCAAUAAACCUUUAAAACUAGCAUUUAGCAGUCCUUCUGUAUCAAGGAAAACAUGUGCAUUAAAAAGGCAUGAUGAGCUAACCCAUUGUAUGUUUUAAAAAUAAAUAAAAACACGGAAACGCAUAGAAGAUAUUUUUUUUUAAAUUAUUUCCUGUUUGUGGAUGACAUUUACAUGUUAUUACAUCAUAUCUACAUGUAAAUUAUGAAGAUAAAGAAAGAAUAAUCCAUUUUUUUUGCUACACACGAUGAUUCUGUUAUACUCAGUAUUGUUUUCUUUUUGCGUUGUUCCAGCAUAUUCUAAAGUAUGCUCAGGACAAGACAAAACAACAACGUGUUGUCUGGGAUAUGUUUGGAAUGAGACUCUUGGAAAAUGUUCAGCCUGCAAUGCUGGUUAUAUAGGAAAACACUGUAGUACAAAGUGUCCUGAACUGUACUAUGGUCAAGGAUGUCUACUUAAAUGCGAUUGUACCCGAGAUCAAUGCAAUCAUAUAGCUGGAUGUUCAAAGUCUUCAUCAGAAGGCAUGAUGAGUCUACCUAUUUCACCAUCGAAAACGAUUCGAGUUUUAACCAUCAACUCGUCAACAUCUAAAGUAAUUGAUAAUACAUCCAACGCUGUUUCCACAGAAAACAAAUUUAAACAACUUGGUAAUUCCUCAUCACUACUUGCCAUGUAUUAUGUUAUUGUUUGUCUUGUGUUUAUUGCAGCUUUUCUUCUCGCAUUGUACAUCGUUUUGUUUUUAUAUUCUAAAUGUUAA